AUGCUUUCGGGGAGUGACGACCCCGCAUACCUGAGUCACCCAGCCCCCAGGUUAGCAGCCUGGGAAGCUGUAGAUUAUGAAGCUCCUGUCACUAGAAGCAUGAUGCAGGGCGGUAGAGGGCAGCGGGCUGGCCCUCUUCGGAGCCGUCUGGAGGCAGAGCCUGUAGGGGACAGCUGUGGGGCGAGCGGCGCAGCCCCCCGAGAUGGCACCGUAAGCCAUAGCAGUAACAACAUCAGAAGAGUGAGAAGGAGUAUCAGUUUGGACGGAAUCAGGAACCGUCCCGCUGAGGCUCAGACUAGAGAUGGAAGAAUGCGCUGGACCGAGGAAGAGAAUAUCCUCAUUAUGCGGGUUCACUUUAUUGCUGAGGAACUGCACCAACAGAAUGCAGAAAGAACUUAUCGACAAAUUCUAACCACCACUUGGAAUGAGAUCUAUCCAAGUAGACUCUCAUAUCCGAAUCUGCUGGCGAACAGGGUCAGAUGGAUCAUACAAAAUGAGAAAUUCUCAAGCGUCGAACUUGAGUCUAUCAAAAAAAGCAUUAGACCAUAUGCCCCAGUCUCAACUGAUGAUACUAUCAUCACCGAGGAAAUAGACCAUGAACAACAGGUUUCAACGACGCUUGAACACAAGUCAACAGAAAAAGUCUUCAGGAGGAACAUACAAUUGUAUGCCAAGAUCAAUCCUCAAGAAAGACCUAGAAUACCUAGACUCAAAGGAUCACAGAACAUACUGGAAAGUGUGAGUAGAACAAAUAAAAUAAUGGAAACAAUCCUACCGAGCAACCUUAACAUUGAGGAAAUUGCUGACUAUGUUUAUGCCGGGGCCGUAACUGUAUGUGAGGAAAACAACAUAAGGUUGAUCAUAAACAAACACCGAACUGAAGAAAACAAUAUGCCGCCAUGGAAGAUCCGCCUAGAAAAAAAAAUAGAGAGAAUCAGAGCAAACAUAGGAGUGUUAUAUACUUACCUGAACUCCAACUCACCAUCCAGAAAAACGAUCAAGAAGAUCUCGCGCAUAGCAUCGGACUACAAAAUCAGAGCCACAAAUGAACCCUUCAAGCAAGAACUCAUUGUUGUAUAUGACACCCUGAAACAGAAGGCAAAAGCAUUAGGAAACCGGAUCAGGCGAUAUAAUGAAAGGGUCAAAAGGUACAAGAAUAACCAAUUGUACUAUAAAAAUCAAAAUCAGUUUUACAGACAACUAGAGGAGACAACAACAGUUGAAGAGGAGUUACCAAAACCUGAUGAAAUGCGUACAACAUGGGAAGCAAUCUGGAGCGACGGAGGAGAACAUAAUGAUGGAGCAUCUUGGAUUCGAGAGGCAGAGGAGGAAUCAAAAUAUUACAUAAUGGAUAGAGUUACCAUCACUGAAAAUGAUAUAAGAGCAACACUAAAAAAAACAAACAACUGGUCUGCGCCAGGACCUGACGGGCUUCACAACUACUGGUGGAAACACUUCAGUUGCACACACAAACAAAUAACAAAGUUGUUUCAGCAAGCCCUGGUAAAUCCAUCCCAAUUACCACACACCCUGACUCUUGGCAUCACCCACAUGAUUCCGAAAGGACCAGGACACAAUAAUCCCAAAAAUUAUAGACCAAUCACGUGCUUGCCUGUUAUCUACAAAAUCUUAACAGGAGUGAUAACACAAAAAAUAUGGAAUCAUGUGAGAACAUGCAACAUUCUAGCACCUGAACAGAAUGGAUGCCGCAGAGAUGCAAAGGGAAGUAAAGAGUUGCUAAUCAUUGAUUCCCUCAUUACCAAACAGGCAAAGAAGAAACAGCGGAACCUAUCGAUGGCAUGGAUUGAUUAUAGGAAAGCCUUCGACUCCAUCCCACAUUCAUGGCUACUAAAAACUUUGAGAUUGUAUGGAGUUGAGGAGGCGAUAAUCAAUCUUCUCAAACAUCUCAUGCUCACGUGGAGAACUCGAUUGCACCUUAAAACGAACACAGGUGAAUAUACAACAGAGCAGAUCAACAUCAGAAGAGGGCUUUUCCAGGGAGACAAACUGAGCACACUCUGGUUCUGCCUCGCAAUUAACUUUUUGAGCAAAUUGCUUAACAACACCAGGUACGGCUAUAUCAUUGAAAAAAGAAAUAACACCAAAAUCAGUCAUCAGCUUUACAUCGACGACCUCAAAUUGUACGCUGCAAAUGAAGACCAACUAUUAAAACAGCUCAGAAUCGUGACAUCCUUCACAGAAAGUAUAAAAAUGGAACUGGGCUUAGAUAAAUGUGCUGUACUACAUAUGAAAAGGGGAAAGCUGAUAGAGGGAGAAGCCAUGCUUAUAAACCAAGGGUUAGAAAUGCAGAGGAUGGGACCAGAAGAUACUUACAAGUAUUUGGGAAUUAAACAGGGGCUUGAAAUCAGAACAAGAGAAACCAAAGAUGCUUUUAAAACUAAGUUCAUGGAAAGGCUGAAGAAGGUACUCCAAAGUAAACUGAAUGCGAAAUCAACAUUCACGGCAAUUAAAGCGUGGGCGAUGCCAUGUCUUACUUAUUCCUUCGGCAUCAUUAAAUGGUCGACCACCGAUCUAAGAGCAAUAGAUACCCAAGUAAGAGUACUCUUGACUAGGUAUGGAAUGCAUCACCCUCAUGCUUCUGUAAUAAGACUGCACAUGCCAAGAAGUGAGGGAGGAAGAGGUUUACAACAGGUUGAAAACACCCACAACACUGUGGUCAAGCAAAUGAAAGAGUAUUUUAAAUCAAAGAACUCACCUUUCUUCCAAGCGAUAGCUGAAGAGGACCAAAAUAUCACAGCUCUAAACCUGGCAUCAACAACGCCCCCUAUAGAAAGCCCAAACAUCGAGAAAGCUGCAAGAGAAUGGCACGGUAAAGCCCUUCAUGGAAGAUAUCCCACUGCUCUGAAAUGGAAUAAAAUUAACAAGGAAAAGUCUAUCUCAUACCUGAAAGCAGGUUACCUUUUCCCAGAGACGGAAGGAAGACUGGCAGCCAUCCAGGACCAAGUGAUACCUACGAGAGCCUACCUGAAAAACAUAGCACAAAAAAACUUACCAACAGAUCUAUGUCGCAAAUGCUCACAAUCCGUGGAAACAAUCCAACACAUUACUUCAUCCUGUUCGACCCUCGCUCCCAGAGAAUACACGGAUCGCCACAAUGCCAUGGCAAAAGUUUACCACCAGGCACUUGCUAUAAAACAUGGGUUAUUGAAACAACAUAAAAAAGUUUAUGAAUACUCACCACAAACACUACUAGAGAAUGCAAACCUGAAGCUAUACUGGGAUCAUCCACUGAUUACUGAUAGGCCAAUUUCACACAACCGACCGGACAUAGUUAUCUUUGAAAAAAAAGAAAAAACAGCGAUAAUAAUUGACAUCACGGUUCCAGCGGAUGACAACGCUGAGAAAGCCUAUAUUGAAAAAAUAGUGAAAUAUCAUGACUUGGCGUUUGAACUGAAACAAAUUUACCAACUUACCUCCACUCUGAUCCUUCCAUUGGUCAUCACAACCAAUGGUCUUGUUGAGAUGCAUCUGAUCCAACACACCAAGCGGCUUGGACUUGACGAAAGUCUUAUCGAUGUAGCCCAGAAGGAAGUCAUUCUGUGGACUACAAGAAUAGUCAGAAGAUUUCUAACCAGCAGCUGA